ACAACAAAAAGGAAACAAAAACACAACAUCUAUACUGAACGAACGUGUUUGCGCGUGUAUCAUCUUGUCAUAGCGGCUAAAAAUGUGUUUUUAGUUGACUGUGAACAGGCAGCUGAACUUGACGUUUGCAUACGUCGCAUGCAAUUAUCUUCUCAAUUACGGAUAAAAACCAUUUAUUUAUUUCGUUCAUUUUGAUUCAAACGGAGAAUUUUUUGUUUUUGCAUUGCAAACGAUUCGAGAAAUUACGUACGUACGAACGAAGAAUAGCGGUAUAAUUGUUUACGCCACUUCUUUUUAACUGUUUUCUAAGGCAACCGAGUUGCGCGCGCGUUUCAUUUAACAUUAGUUAAACAAAAGUGUUUUCAAAUAAGAAUUUUCAACGGCAAAUAAAAUACUUUUUGUAAUUGAUGAAAAAAAAAAUGUGUGAAUAAAAACGAAAAUAUUUAUAAGUGAGAGAGAGUGUGCAAAAUGUUAAUUGCAAAAUAAUUAAAACGUUUUAAAGAAAAUUAUUGAUAAUUUUAUAAAUUAUCUCAGAAUUUUAAUGGAAGUAUAAAAUAAUAUCUAAAACUUGUAGAAAAUUGCAAAAGAAUUGUGCUGAAAAUUAAACGAAAAUAUAAAAAUAUAUAAUGAAAAAAACGACAAACGAAAUUUGAAAUAAAAGUGAAAUUUAAAACAGUGACGAUAAUAAAAAAUUUAACAAAAAGUAAAGAAAAAAAAUCAAAAUAAAAUCGAAGUCAAAUUAGGAAAUUCCAAAUAAUAUUAAUGUGAAUAAGAUAAAAAUCAAUUAAACUUUAAAUUAAUAUGACAAAUUAAAAGAAAAAUUCUGCUAAACAUAAACAAAUCAUAUAAAACAGUUCAAACUAACAUUCAAACUUUAAAAUCACCGUUAAGUGAUUUAACCAAUUAUAAAAGAAGAUAUCAUUACAGUCAUCAUGAUACCCAAAUUGAUAUGUCUAUUACUGACACUAUGGCUGGCAGCAGUAUGCCUACCUUUCGCCCAAGCCAUACCCAGCGAUGUUUACUUAAAAAUGUUUGCUGCUCAGGCUCCCUCAGAUCCCUGUUACGAUGAUGAUAAGGCUCGCAAAUGUAUACCCGAUUUUGUAAAUGCCGCCUAUGGAGCCCCCGUACUAGCUUCCAGUACUUGUGGCAUGGAUAAACCACAAAGAUAUUGUGAAACUGCCGCCUCUACUUUAACCGGCAGCAUGUCACAGGAGAUGACUUGUAAUAUAUGUGAUAAUAGUAAUCCCCAAAAGAGAUUUUCUUCACUGGCUUUAACCGAUUUAAAUAAUCCCAAUAAUGUCACCUGUUGGCGUUCAGAACCUAUUGCACCCGUCUCUAAUCCCAAUGCGCCACCAGAUAAUGUUACUUUAACACUCUCUUUGGGCAAGAAAUAUGAGUUAACCUAUGUUAGUUUGCAAUUUUGUCCCAAGGCUCCUAAGCCCGAUUCUAUAGCUAUAUAUAAAAGUUCAGAUUAUGGCAAAACCUGGCAACCAUUCCAGUUUUAUAGCUCUCAAUGCAGAAGGGUAUAUGGACGUGCUAAUCGAGCCACCAUUAAUAAACACAAUGAACAAGAGGCUAGAUGCACUGACUCUCAUCGUCAUACCAGUGAUAUUAUGGGUGGCCUGCAGGGUUCACGUAUAGCCUUUAGUACCCUGGAAGGUAGACCUUCAGCUAAGGAUUUAGAUGCCUCCCCAGUGUUACAAGAUUGGGUUACCGCCACCGAUAUUAAAGUCAUAUUCCAUCGCUUACAAAUGCCCGACUCUAAUGCUCUUAUAACUUUGGAUAAUCCUGGUGAGAAAUCAUCAGAUGCUAAAUCGGGCAAAUACAAUGAACCCAAUUCUUUAAUAAUUAACUCACUCGAUCAAACUAACUCUAUAAUAGGGGGUUCUUCUUCGGCUCUGGCUGCUUCAUCUGGUCUACACUAUGCUGUUUCGGAUUUUUCGGUGGGUGGACGCUGUAAAUGUAAUGGUCAUGGCUCUAAGUGCAUCACUGAUCAUCAUGGCUUAUUGACCUGUGAAUGUAAACACAAUACCGCCGGCCGCGAUUGUGAACGUUGUAAACCAUUUCAUUUUGAUCGUCCCUGGGGUCGUGCUACGGCACGUGAUGCCAAUGAAUGUAAAAUUUGCAACUGUAAUAAUCAUGCUCGUCAAUGUCGCUUCAAUAUGGAACUAUUUAAACUAUCCGGACGUGUAUCCGGUGGUGUUUGCCAAAAUUGUCGUCACUCAACAACGGGUCGUCAUUGUCACUAUUGUAAGGAGGGCUUUUAUCGUGACCCUACUAAACCUCUUAAUCAUCGUCGUGUCUGUAAACCCUGUGAAUGUCACCCCAUCGGUUCAACGGGUAAAACUUGCAAUCAUACAUCCGGUCAAUGUCCUUGUAAGGAUGGUGUUACCGGUUUAACAUGCAAUCGCUGUGCUCGUGGCUAUCAACAGAGUCGUUCUCAUAUUGCUCCCUGUAUAAAAAUUCCACCACGUAAUAGCAAUAUGCUGGAUACACAAAAUACUGCACCGGAACCUCAUCAUGACUCCGCAUCACCUUACCGUACGGAAGGUGGGAGGGAAUGCGAAAAAUGCAAAAUAAGCACAAAAAGACUAAACCUCAACAAGUUCUGCAAAAGAGAUUACGCAAUAAUGGCCAAAGUGAUUGGACGGGAACAGAGUACCGAGGUAACGAGCAGCGAACAAUAUACCAAAGAAAAUCAAAAUCAACAAAUGAACGACGCCGACAGCGCGGAAACGGACGAACAAAUGGCAACAGUGAAAUUCGAUAUACAGAUACAAGCAAUAUUCAAGCGAACACCCCUAGAAUACGCAACUACGAAUACAAUCCUAAGACGAGGUCCUAUGACCUGGAUCAUACCAGUGCAGAAUUUAGAGUGUAGAUGUCCCAAAAUUAAAAUGAAUAAAUCUUAUUUAAUUUUGGGUAAAGAUUCUGAAGCUCCACCCGGUUAUCUGGGUAUUGGUCCUCGUUCUAUUGUUAUUGAGUGGAAAGAUGAAUGGUAUCGGCGCAUGAAACGUUUUCAGCGCAGAGCGCGUACAUGCGAAUAAAUUAGUUUUUAUUUUUAUUUUUAAUAAUUUUAAUUUUAUUUUUCUCUUUAGUACUACUUACUAUAUCAUUUCAUUAUUAAGCAAUUAUAAGAAUAUUUAAUAUGUAACCUGUAAGCAGUAAAACUUUUUAAACAAAAAAAUAUGUAUUAAUAAGAAAAACAUAAAAAUCACAAAAAAUUAAGAAGUUUUAAAUGUGUAUAAACGAAAAAAAUUUAAGAAAUUUUUUAAUUUUUAGUUUUAACAAUUAACAGAUAAAAAUAGAUUUUAUGCAAAAACAAAACUUAACUUUAAAAAAAAUUAACAAAAAGUGAAUAUUUGGAAACUUAGUUAAGAUGAUGAUUUAACAACCGGCGGGUAUUUAUAACAGUAUGCAUAGCUCGAUAACUUUCAACAAUUUUUAACAAAAAUAAAGUUUACAAUGAGAAAUUUUUAAUUUUUUAUAUUAUUAUUUUAGAUUUUUCCACAUUUUUAAAACCGUGCCGUUAAUUUAAUUAUUAAAGAUUUGUUUAUAAUACCACUAGAAGUAGUCCCACUGUGCAUAGAAUAACUGCAGGGGUUUAAAUUUUAAUUUUAGCAAUAAUAGACAGAAUUAUAGCUUAUUUUUUGGUCAAUAUUUCAACAUAGGAAUUUUAAAAUUAACUUAAUUUAAAAAAAGCUUUCAAAGAAAAAAGCUUUAUUACCCUUAAUAGAAAUAUAGAUGAAAGCUUUUUUUGCUUCUCAGUUUAACCAAAACGUUAUUUUUUUAAUAUUAUGUAUUCUACUUCACUCAAAGAACUAAAAA